AUGGGCGCGUGUGAGACGGCGCGCGUGCGCGCCGUGGUCGACGCGGCGCGCGCCGCGGCGCGGAAAGCCAAGGCGAAGAGAAGCGCGCGAGGAAACGAAGGAGAACGACGCGUGAUCGAUGACAUCGUGGUGGAGUUGAGUCACACGUUUCAGAACAUUGUCGAGAGUUUGCUUGAAUCGAGAUCGACGCGUAGUCGACACGGGCGCGCGCGCGCGGACGGCGUCCGGAGGGUGGCCAGAGCGGGUCUGGGAAUCGAUCGCGACCGUUCCAUCGCGCUCACGGAUGAGAUUCUGGGCGUCGGCGAAGAGUAUAACGCGAGUGAAUCCGCGUUAAAGGCGUCGAACGAUGGGCAAACCGUGAACGAUGGCCCACUGGUGCGUUUACUCGACGACUUUGAAUUAAUCAGAGAGGAGACGACGCCGACGGGCGAGCUCGUGCGCCGCCAGGUAAAAUUCCGAGAGGAACUCUUCGAAGACGCCGAGAGUGCGUCCACGCUCCGCGUUCGCGGACACAUGCGCGUGGUCUCUGAUGAACGUCUACGCCCGGCGCGUGAAGAAGAAGGCGAGAGCGUUGAGGUCGAGCUCAAGGGCAUCGUCGGGUACCAGUACUCGUUCACCGCGCCGAUUGACUUGCGAGGAUUUUACGUCGUCACCACCUUCGCGGCGUACAAGCUCAUGAAUCCGAAGUCAACGUACGCGACGCUCUACGAACGUGGUUUUCAGAUGCGAUUCGACCUCGCGCGGCGCGCGGCGCGCGCGCUUCCGCGCACGUCUCGCGUGACUUUCGAUACCCUGCUUCCAGAGCUCGAAACCAGGCAACCGCCCGACGUAUCCGCCGUGUCACCCGCGCGUCGGGCGGACGACAGGGACGAAGAAGGAGAAACAUGGAUGAAGUAUAAAGAAAGUGAUGUCUUGUCGUGCGUGACGACGCUGUGUAAGCUCUGCGCGAACGAACUUGGGCAUUUGAAUCGCCGGAGCGCAAACGUUCUCGCGACUUUGGUGAAGAAGGCAUCGACGACAAUCGAUCCGCGUCGAGACGCUCGAGAUGAGUUUGUGAUGUGUCACGAGGCGAACGUCGAUGACGUUCGCAAGGAGGAUCUCGAAAGGAUUUAUGGCACGCAUGGGAGCAAGACCUGCGCCGACGCGCAGUUCCCGAGCGCGAUACGCGCCCGCCGCGACGACGCGCUCGUCGAGUGGAUCGGCGUCGCGAACGAGCGAUUUCAAGCGGAGCCAACUUUCAUCGAGGAGGCGCUCGGUGCGUGGCAGUUUUGCAUGGAGCACGCAAAUGUACUGUGUUUACCGAUAUUUGCGUUCGAAAAAUUCGUUCGUUCGCUGACAUGUCCGCCUUCAAAGAUGUCGUGGGCGCUCUUGCGCGACAUCCACUGCGCGCUCACGGCGCAGAUCAAGCCAGAACUUUCCUUCGUGAUGGACUCCAUCAUGAUUCAACGUGCGGGGGAUUUCGCGCAUCGCUCGGAGAGUGUCAUACGAGUCAGUAAGUAUGAUUCCGAGCUCCACGUCCACGCGUGGGCUGAGAUUGUUCGAGAAAUAAUUGACGACGAACUCGACACCUCUGUGGACGUCAAGCUCGCGGCGUUUCGAGCGAGCGCAUUACUGAGGAUGGCAGAUUACUUUCAGCUCACACAUCGAUUGCGCUUGGCGACUAUUUCAGCUCUCAUUGCCUUGACGUUGAAACAGCCCGCGUUCCGCGAGUACAUCGCGGAGAAAAGGGGAGAAUUGAAGGGACACGCGGAGCCGAGCGUCGAUAAACAAGACGUCGUGUCCAUCAUAAAAUGUCUGGACACGCAGUGCGACGAGCUCACGGAUGGUUACGCGCACCUCACCGAAGAAACCACCCAGGAGCACCCGAGCGUUGUCCACGCGCGCUCGGAGAUUCAUCACUUUCUGCAGAAAUCGUCAUCGCACUGGCAGAGAUUGGAUCGGCUGUCGUCACACAUCGACGCCCUCAUGAAACAAUGUCAAACCUGCACGUUCGCUCAACUGCGACUCAUCUUAUGGAACUUCGAAGUGACGGUGUUUG